AUGACGUCAUGGCGGUUGUCUGACCUCCGCCGCGACCCGGACCCCCGCCCCGCGCCCGCAGCGCCGUCUCGCCGCGCCGCUUCCCGCUGUGGGGACGGGGCGGGGCGCUCGGCGGCGCCGGGCGCGGGCGGCAGGUUCGUGGGCGGCGGCAGGCACCGGCGCCGGCAGCCCCCCUCGGCGCCGCGCGCGCGGCGCUCCGCCCGCCCGCCUCGUUCCGCUCCGCUCCCCUCCGCUCCCCUCCCGUCCCCGCUCCCCCCCCCCCCCCCGCUCCCCUCCGCUCCCGCUCCCGCCGUGCCCUGGAGAUGCUGUCGGAGCUGCGCCGCCGCCUCCCCCCCCCCCCCCCCCCAGGAAGCGACCCACGGCGCCAGAUCCGACGGAGAUCGUCUCCGGGGUGACGAAGCUUAUGGAAAAAAAGACCAAAGGCCUCGAGGGAUGUUAUUCUUGACCCCCCGGGGCAAACGGAGGUGUUCACCUGGUCAGCGUCAGGAGCCAUCCUACCUGAGGCCCUGUAUCCUGUCCAAGACCAAGCUACCUUUCCUCGUGGGAAUGGACUGGCCGGGCUUUGGCAGUCUGGCCCCUCGAAAGACUAAAGUGACCUCUUCCAGCAGGGGAAGACUUUCUGGCAAGCGGUGCCAGAAAGAACUGGAGUUUCUGGAGAAUAAAAGCUGGAGGUGUGCCCCCGAUAAUCCUCGCCCCGGGUGGUGAGUGGUCUGACUUGCAGGGACCGGUGGCCUUGGCCAGGAGCGGUCCUGCCGGACUGUAAUUUUAAUUUCCUGCCCAGGCUGUAAUUUUAAUUUCCCUUGGAUGCUUGGCAAAGCCCUUCUGGGGGAGCCCUAGUGCCUGGCAUGAGCGGAGCGGGCUUCCAGGGAGGUAUUCACCUGGUCAGCGUCAGGAACCAUCCUCCCUGAAGCCUCGGUGAGUGUUUUUUGUGUGACUGGACAGUGAAGCUGUCUGUGUGCAUGACCUGGCCAGUGCUCGGUGU